CGUCCAAGCCUUCGGUCUCGGGGCGCGUCGGGCGGAGGGCCGCUUUCUGGCAGGCUCAGACGGCCGUAUUCUUGGCUCUCCCGCCCGCCUGCCGUCCAACGGGAGGAGGCUCUUUCGGGCGGGGGGGUCGCCGCAGAGGCUUCUUCGCCCGCCGACAUCGCCCCCCCCCAAUCCUUGAGGCGGGCCGGGCCUUCCUCGCUUGCAAGUCCCGCGGCGUCGCCCGGGAGAAGCUCGGCCCUCCGCCCGGCCCGCUUGGCCAGCCGCCCUCGCCGGGGGUCUAAAGAAAGCCUGCCCGCCCCCACCCGCAGCCCCGGCUUGGCUCCGCCAAAGGACGGGGGGGCGGAGCGGGGGGGGGCCGGCCUCUCCCACCGGGCCAGGCCGGAGCGCAUUCUCUCGGGACAGGCCGCUGCCGAGAAGACAGCCACAAUCUACACUGUGUUCCGAAAACCAUGAGUCCUGGAAGACAAAGACCUGGUGUUGUUGAGAAAUGCCCUGCCACCACCACUGCUCCUUCCAGGCAGCCUCCACGGAUCCUGGUGGUAGACAUCCAUCCUCCCCAUUGGGACCACACCUGCCACAAGCUCUGUGAAGCCUUGGAAAACGUCUUCUGCUUAGCCUGCAGCCUGACAGGCCCACCCCGCAUCCCUUCCUUCAGCCUCUAUGUGGUCCAGAACCAGCAGGAAUGCCUGCUGCCCUUCGUGGCUCUCAAAGGAGGCUUUGCUCGGCUGCAGAGUUGCUUUGGAGAGCUUGGUGCCUUGCCCAGAGAAGGGGUGCUCCAGCCCAAGGAAGACGCUGUGGUUCAAGCAGUGCUGGACGGACUGCAGCAGUUCAAACAGUACACUGGUCAAGGCAUGGCCGGAGCCUGUCUGAGCAGCUCUUCUGUGGAGAUUACAAUCCUGACUAGCCAGCCCAGCAGAAAAAUAGCCAACCAACUGGAUGCUGGCUUGCAGGGUAUUGACCUGGUUAGCCUCCACCAACUACAGGUGGUCGAGAUUUCUCAGCAGGCAGUCCAGGAACUCUCCAGGGCAGAGUGGGGCAGAGAUGUACCCAGCAGCAGUAGUGGUGAGAGCGCCACAACCUUGAACACGGAGGUUGAUCUACACACUGUGGAGAACGAUGUGGUGGCCUUAGAGGACUUUUUCAAAGCCUGGCUGCAUGGCCACGCUCCUGAUCAAGAGCACCUUCACCUCCUCCUGCCUGCCAGGACCACCAGCUGCUCUGGGGCACCUAGCAGCGACGCAGCAUGGCUGAAGUGUGAUGUCCAGGAGAGAUUUCUCAGCCCUGCCCAGCUUCCUGCCGCUUGUGAGGGUGGAGCAGGAGGAAUGGACAACGCUGCCAGUCCAUUCUGGAUGGCGCCUGGCCUGGCCCCGCGCAGACUGAGGAUCCUCAGGGCACUGAAGGCCGAUGGGAUCUGUGCGUCCCUGCUUUUUGGUCUCCCGCUAGUCCUAAGGGCCACAAGCUGCUGGCAGCUGAGCUGGGAUGAACUGGAGGCCAACCAGCAGAAUUUCCAAGCCUUCUGCCACUGCCUGCGGUGGCACCUCGCCCAUUGGCAUCGCUCCUCUUUGGCACGUGGCUGGCAAGAGAACUCGCAACACAACGCCCAGGGCACCGGUUUUGUCUUCCAGAAGCGGAAAUGGCUGCUGCUUGCCAAAUACGAGGCCUGGGGUGGGCCAGACCUCAGCGGACGCCUCUCCGUAGGCACCUUACAGGUCCUGCUGCCCUCGGACUCCUCCACCCUGCUGCUGCGCCCGGUUGUGGCCCGAGAGCUGCUUCUGCCUUGCAGCUUUCCUCCCCUCCCUGCUGACCUGCCAGAAGCAGCACUGGCUGAGGUGGAGGGUGUCCUCAGCGGCCUGGAGCUUGAGGCAAGCUACGAUCCCCUGCUGGGAAACGGUCAUUUGUACCAGGCCCUGAAGAGGAGCCUGGGCCGCCUGCCCACCUCCCGGGUUCAGCGCUGGGCACCAAGGCAAUGGCCCCGCCAGGUACCAAGGGGCAUGGGUGGCAUGAGGAAGGACGGGGACAAAUGUGGGCCUGUCAGCAAAGAACCAGCCCAGGAGGCGGGGGGGCCUCCAACAUGGCUGCUUAGGAGGGCAAAUGCAACCCCUCCCCCCGAAAGGGCUCUGCCCUAACGCCCGGGGCACCUUCCAGCCUUUGGGAUGGGCUCUGUUACUAACGAAGCAGGAAGGGCAGGAGCCCCCCCCCCCAAGUUGCCCCAGCAGUGAUGGUGGUUCUUCCCCCACAGCAGGGGGGCCGCAUGCAUCCCAGCAGGGCCAGGGCCACUGUGGCCCCGCUGCAGGUGGGCCUUCCGCUGGCUGGCUCUGGCAGCCUCCCCCUUUCUCUGAGCCAAGGAAAGGCGAUCCCAGAGUCCAAGAUGUAGCCGCCUUU